UUUCCACGAUGUACAAAGUAAAAGCAGGAAACAUGGGUGGCCAGGAAAAACCAAAGAACCCAACCAGAUGGGUAGGGCAUAAAUAACAACAUUACUAUUAUUACAGUGGAACCUCGGUUUACGAACGCAAUCUGUUCCACGGAGGCGUUUGUAAACGGAGGCAUUCGCUCCCCGAAGGUACGCUUUUGCGCGUGCGCGAAGUGCCGAUAGAGCACUUCUGCACACCCGGCGCUGUGGAACCCGGAUGUAAACACUUCCGGGUGCGUGGCGUUCGUAAACGGAGGCGUUCAUAAACAGAGGUAGUUGUAAACCGAGGUUCCACUGUACUGCAAAUUGCACCUAGCCAAGGCUGCAUCUUAGGAGACAAUGUUGUCUUUCUGGCAGGGAUGAAGGUCCCAGUUACAUCCUUCCAACCCUUUCCAGGCUCACAAGCUCCCCACCCCAGAGCAUCGUGAUAUUUGCACAGCGGUUUUCCUGCCACGGCUCUACAUGCCGUCUUCGGUUUCCCAUCCCAUUCCGACGGGGAAGCUCUUUGCAUCGGCUGGUGGCGAAAGGCCAAUGGAGCCAGCUAUCGAGUUGAUACAGCCCAAAGUUAAAGCUUGAGGAGUAAGAGAGCCUCUUCAAUUUGGGAAUGCUCUCCUGCCGCCCUCCCAAAACCUCCAGGAAGGAGUGCACAAGACUUUCCCUGACUUAAAUGACAUGGUUUUCUCUAAGCCUCAGCAGUUCCUGGGAAUUUGUUUUUUUUUGGGGGGGGGGGGAGAAGAGAAUGAAGUGGUUUCCACCACUGAGAGGAGCAUCCCGACCCCCUCCCCCAUAGCAGCCAUGCCUCCCCAGUCCAGUCUGAUUAGACACCAGUCUUCCAUUGCAUUCCUUCUGAUCGGAGAGGAAAUGUGAGAGGUUUAGUUAUAUCUGAAGAACCGCUCUUCAGAAUGUAUGUAGAUUGUAAUUGCAUCUCUGUACGUGAUAUUAUAAAGCUUGGCAACUUGGAAAUCGUCAGAAUCGUAGAACUAGCAGAGUUGGGAGGGACCCCUGAGGGUCAUCCAGUCCAACCUCUGGUAAUGCAGCAGUCACAGCAAAAGGAUCCCUGAGAGACGGCCACCCAACCUCUGCUUAGAAACCUCCCACGAAGGUCUGUCCGUCACCUUCCGAUGGAGUCUGUUCAUCUGUGCCAAGGAUGGGGAUCCUGUGACUCCCAUGUGUUGCCACCUGGCAGCCCCAUUGAAUUCCAGUGUUCCGGGCUGCAUGUUCUUGCAACCCCACUGCCAUUGGCCUAGUUUCUGACAGGUUAUGUGUGUGUGUUUGUGCAUUAGACACUGGGAUCUUGGUGGUGGGGGUGGGAAUGUGGGCAAUAAACCAACCAUAUUCACAGUGUUUUUUCCAAAUUCAGGGAUGAUGUGGGGGAAGACUGUGCUGCUGCCCCCCCCCCGGGAUGUUGCUGAUGCCGUUCAGCUCAGCCAGAGAUCUGGGAGGGUGUGUGUGUGCAGUUCAGCAACAUGCCUAGGGCAGCUUCCAUUGCCCACCCUGCGCUCUUGGUCUGGCUUCAGCUGUGAGAGGGAUGGACUGAAUUGGGGGGGCAUGCAGGUGGGUAACCAAGAUGAUGCCCCCUCAAUGUUCAUCAGCCCCAAGAUCCAGCCUCAUGGGAGUUGCAGUCUGCCACAAACGAACUCUUCCUUGCUUCAUCCUAACCCAGGGAUGAGACGUCUCACGAUGCCAUUUUACAAAUCUCUGCUGCGGCCGCUUUUGGAAGACUGUGUCCAGUUCUGGUCGCCUUGUCUCAGAAAGGAUAUUACAAAGUGGAAAAUGCUCAGAAAAGCGCGGCCAAAACCCACCAAGGGGAUGGAGGGACUCCUCUUUGAACCCCAGCUGCUGGAAAGCGGGGGAGGGGGGAAGCGUUGCUCAGAUCCUGCUUGUGGGGUUCCCUUUGGGGCAACUGAUUGGCUGCUGUGAGAACUGGAGGCUGGACUCGAUGGGCCCUGGGCCUGAUCCAGCAGGUUCUGCUUACAUUCCCAUGGGAGAGGGCAAAGCUGGCAGAGAGAGGUUGCCCCUCCUCCUGUGCCCUCGGCUGCCCUUCUGCUUGCAGGCCAUAGGCUCAUCCUGCAGGCCCUUCCUGGCCAAUGGGAUGGGUUAAUUCCCCCUCUGCACCCAUUGGCUUUCCAGGCAACCUUUGCUCAGCUCGGUGGGGGGGUGAGAGACAGAGAAACCGAAAGAAUGAGCGCUAACUUAGAGAGGCACACAGAGCCACUGGCUUCAUCUUGGCUCAGUGGUGAGGAAUAACAGGAGUCGCAGCCCAGCUGCACUCUGCUUAGGCCCCUGUCAGAUGCUGCCUAUUCCUUCCCUUACUGCAUUUAUAUCCCACCUGCAGGGGCGUGGCUUCCCUCCCCCCCCAUUUAAUCUCUAACAGCCUUGUGAGGCAGGUUUGUCUGAGGCAGGCAGUGACUGGCCCACGGCUGAGUGAGGAUUAGAACCCAGGUCUCUCCCAGGUCCUAGCCCCACACAGUGCCCUCCUGUGCUACACUGGCCUUCCUAUUCAGACAGUAAGAUCUAGAAACUUGCUUAAAAAAAGUAAUAAAAAUUUAAAAUCUGCAGUUGCCAAGAUUCUGCAGGGCGCGGGGGGGGGGGCAAGGCUGCUUGAACCCCCAGCAACAGCCCGCCUCUUCUCCCCCUCAUUCCCACCGCAAUGACAGGACAGCAGACCCCCGGCAUUGCAGCGGGUUGCGCUAGAUGACCCGGUGGGGUCCCUUCCAACGCCGAGAUCCUAAGGCCGGGCGCUGCUGCCCUGCUCCGAAAAGGCGUAAAGAUAAGAAAAGCGGCGCGGAGCCCGGCAGAAGGAACCCCAGGUUGUCCCCAGGUUGUCCCAGGUAUUGGCGAACUACAACUUCCAUCCUGCUGGCCAUUCCCGGGAGUUGUAGUCCGAGAGCCCCCAUGCCCUUCUCCGAUAGGCGCUCCUUUUUGGCCUGCCUCGCAGGGCCCGGCGGUGGCGGGUCCCCGCGCGCGCCGCGCUCUGCACAUGUUCAGAGAGGCGCCACUGCGCCUCCCCGGCCAAGCCUUUCGUCGGCUGCCGAGGCUCCUCCUCCCCGCGCAGCCGGGCUCGGGCUCGUCGGGCCGGCGAACAAAAGCGGGAGGCGGCGGCGGAGGAGGAGCGACGGAAGGAGGAGGAGGAGGAGGAGAGGAAGAAGAAGAGGCCUCGCGGCGGCCGGGGCCGCAUUGAGGACUAGCCACUUGCGGGGCGACACCAGAUCCCUCCCGGCGAGCCAAGGUACGAGAGACGGAAUGGGGGACUCCCGGGUCACCAGGUGGCACAGGCUGGACCCCCUAAAUCCCUGGAACCCUCUUCCUGGGGGGGAUUAUCGCAAUGGCUCUCCUGAUCCCACUCCCGCAGUCCUGAACCCCUUCUCCUAGGGAGCCCUCUCGCAAUGGGCGCCCCUCUUUCAAACCCUUGUCUCCCUCCCCCCCAACCGAGUCCCCCCAAAACAAUCGCGCCGGUUUUCCGGCCAACUUGGGAAACUCCCGAGAAGGAGCCGGGGUCACCUUUUCCUUGCGCGUGCGGGGUGUGUGUGUGCUUUUUGAGUGGCCCUGAGGCUGCUGUGUCUUGGGGUGGGGUCCAGUCCCUCUUUCCUUCUUUUUAUUUUAUCUCUGCCAUUCCCACCCCACCCCUUUCCCCAAGGAGCGGGGGGGGGGGCGGCGGGCGCCGUCCUGGUUCUCCCCUUCCUCCUUUAACGCCCCCCCUGCAAGGUGGGUUAGGCUCAGAGUCAGCGGCUUGCCCUCCAUUUGAACUUCGUGGCCAAGUCCGGGAGGGGUGGGAUUUGAACCCUUGUCCCCCAGCUUUUAUCUCCACUGCAACCCUGCAAGUUAGGCAAGGGGGCUGAGCACCCCCCAACGGCAACAUGGCACCCCCAACAGCUUCUCCUUCUUCUCCGUGACCUGCCUUCCUGCCCCCACCCACCCCGCUGAAUCCGCCCCGGCUGCAAGAUGGCGCCGGCUCCAGCCUGCUCCCGGGACAUGCCAUGGAGGAGUCGCGUCCCCCAGACACUGCACUAGGGUUCCCCCCUUGUCAGAAGAUGGGUCGGGGCAGCCAGGGCAGAGAGGCCUGCCCCCUGGAGGGCGAAGGGGCUGCCGUCGGGGGCCUCCUCCUGCUGGCACUCAACGGGCACCCGAAACGCCGCAGGGCAGAGCACGGCAGCGACAACAACAACCCUGCGGGCGAAGGGGCGGCCAAGCGGCACCGAGAAGCCCCCCCAGAUCCCCGAGCGCCCCCCUUGGGGCGUCUGGCAUUGGACUACGUGGUGCCCUGCAUGAACUUCUACGGGAUCUGCGUCAAGGACUCGUUCCUCGGGGAGGUUCUGGGCGCCCGGAUUCUGGCGGAGGUGGAGGGGCUCCACCACAGUGGCAAGUUCCGCGACGGGCAGCUGGUCAGCCAGAGGGCAGUGCCCCCCUGCAGCAUCCGGGGCGACCAGAUCGCCUGGGUGGAGGGCUGGGAGCCUGGGUGCCAUGCCAUCGGAGAUCUCAUGGCACAUGUUGACCGGCUAAUGCUGCAGUGCGCCGGCAAGCUGGGCACCUACGACAUCCGCGGACGGACCAAGGCCAUGGUGGCAUGUUACCCCGGCAACGGCAGGGGGUACCUGCGCCAUGUGGACAACCCUCACGGAGACGGGCGCUGCGUCACUUGCAUCUAUUACCUAAACCGGCACUGGGACAGUAAGGUUCACGGUGGGAUCUUGCAGAUCUACCCCGAGGGACGCUCGUUGGUGGCCAACAUCGAGCCCGUCUUUGAUCGGCUGCUCAUCUUCUGGUCUGACCGGCGCAACCCACACGAAGUGAAGCCAGCCUACGCCACGAGGUAUGCCAUCACCAUCUGGUAUUUUGAUGCCAAGGAGCGGGCAGAAGCCAAAGGGAGGCACCAGCUGGCUCAGAAGAAGGGGGCAGAUCCCUCUCCCGGCGGGGUGCAGGAAAACGGGCCGACCUGAUGGACGGCCGGGCGUUGCCGCCGUGGGAUCCUGACCGCCAAAGACCCUACGCUCUCUUUGGCCAUUUCAAGCUGCCUGCCUUUGCUGCUGCCUGUGUCUGCUGCCGCUGCCCCCCCGACCCUGGCCGGCUGCAGCUGGAAGGUCUUUGACCACAGCCCAGGAGGAGAGGAAGAUGAUGAUGAUGAAGAAGAAGAAGAAAAAGAAAAAAGGGGCUGUCGAGAGGCAGCUGGACCUUGAGAAGAAAGGGUGUGUGUUUGUUUGUUUGUGUGUGUGUGAAUGGGCCCGGCAUCUGUAGGUGCAGCCCCCCCCCCCCCAGGGAGACGGUGGCCGUUGUGUUUCCUUUUUGCUGUGUCGGAAGGGACCCCUAGGUGCCGGGAAACCUCUGCCCAGCAGGACUCUCCCGGUCUACCCCUGCCUGUCCCCAGUUCCACCGCUUGGUCCUGCUCAUUUUAAUCCAUCUGCGAAAUGAGAGAGAGAAGGAGAAAGAGAGAGAGAGAGAGAGAGAGGGAGCGAGCAAGAAACGAGGGAGUGCGGAAGAGCAGAAAAAGAGAGGGGUGGCGAGAGAACGGAUGAGACGGAAUAAACAUCAGCUCAUGGAAA